CUGGGCUGGUGCCGAACAAAAUUCGCCGGCGCGAACUUUAUGCUCAACAGAAGAAAGCGAAAAAGGCAGACCGUCGCGUUCGGCGCGAGGCCCACAAGCGUGACGCUUCCUCCACCGCCGGCGAUGCAAGUGCUGCUGCACAAGAUGGUCAACCUCCGGCCAAGCGGGUGCCCAAGACGCUUGACAACAUGCGUGAAAAGGACGAUACGAUUGUGGAUCCAGAAGACGAUGAAGUGAUGCAAGACCAAGCCACCGAUGAGCUGGCCAGCUAUUUUGACGGCAAGGAGCCCAAGGUCCUCAUCACCACCAGCAACAAAGCCUGCGGCGAUGCUUACCAAUUUGGCGAAAUUCUGGCCAACAUGAUUCCCUCGGCUCAAUUUUUCAAGCGCAAGGGCUUUGAACUCAAAACAAUCAUUAAGCAGGCCAUUGCCAAGGGCUUUACCGAUGUAAUGGUCAUCAACGAAGAUAAGAAAAAAGUCAACGGCCUGGUCGUUUCCCACCUCCCCGAUGGUCCUACUGCCCACUUCAAAGUCACAAACAUCAAGUAUGCCAAAGAAAUUCACAACCACGGUGCAUCCACCAUGCACUAUCCAGAGGUCAUCAUCAACAACUUUCACACCCGCCUUGGUCACCAAGUGGGCCGCCAGCUGACCGCGCUGUUCCCGCAAGUGCCCGAAUUUGAGGGCCGCGCCGUCGUCACCUUUCACAACCAGCGUGAUUUCAUCUUUGUUCGCCGGCAUCGGUACAUCUUCCGCAACAAAGAGCGUGUGGGCUUGCAGGAACUCGGACCCCGCUUCACGCUGAAGUUGCGGUCUCUGCAAAAGGGAACCUUUGAUACCAAAUUUGGCGAGUAUGAGUUUGUUUAUCGCAGCGAAUUGGGCACUGGUCGCCGUAAAUUUUUCCUCUAGCCGCCAAGCGGCCCUCUUUUUUUUUUCUCCGAUCUGGGCGCAGUCGUCUUCGCCUGGUGUCGGCCUUGUGUUCACUCGCUGGCAUGCCCCUUUUGUAACAAGCACUCUCUGGUGGGCAGCUUUGUUCGGGCUUGCUGGAUUCCGUUUUUUUUCUAUGCUUCCGUCUAUCGUCCGCACUUGUUCCGAAUCGACAUUGCACUUGC